AAUACUGUUUGACAUAGGAUUUAGUUUGAGGGAGUACAGUAUUUUCAAUAAAUUUUUUGUAAACAUUAUUAAUAAUAUCGUUACUGCACUGUGACACUGCAGAGGCUAUUUUUACACAUGCUUCAAUCGUAUAGUCGAUACACUCAAGCAUAUUAACAAUGCCCUCAAAUGUCGUCUUCUGUAGAACAAUUGCAGGAGAGUACGCUUUUUUCUUAUUGCUCACUUCAUAUUCUACACGUUCGUUAGUGAUUAUUGAUGUGUAGCUAGUGGUGGUCUUCUCCUCGAUUUUAUCCAGUAAUAUAGCUUUGGUUCCAUAUGAAGUUGUAAAGCUCAGUGUAAUUCCGUUGAACGAGAUCUUGUCAAAAGCUGUUGGAUUAUUCUGUACUUCGUCACUAAAAUAACUAUUAAUUUUAGCAAAAUAUAGUUUGAACGUAGUCCAUGUGUCGGUUGUGAAAUUUAUACCAAAAAAUGUUUGAUUAAUUAUUUUUAUAAUACAAGUAAAAUCGUUAUUGCUUUGGGGCUUAAGACCAACGAUAAUUUUUUUAGUACACGAUGUGUUUAAUGGAUAAACUCUUGAAUAUAGUAAAUAUUGCAGAGCAUCUUCUCGUGAAUUAUAAGAUGCCAUUGCGAUGCGCUUUGUAUCUCUUGACAAACGAGUGUUUUAAACAAAACUUGUAAUACUACUGUGAAAACUGAUGUGAAAAUGUACGUCUGUUACUCAAUGCCGUAGCAACUUGAAUACUCAAAGACUGUCACAGCCAUCCUUUAAAUACGUUUGCGUUAAAGGGUACUAUACGUGUUUAUACAAGAGAGAGAAAGAGAAAAGAGCGUGUAUGAAUAAUAACUCUAAUGACUAGAGUAUGGCGAAAUUUGUGUUUAAAUAUAAUUACCUAGAUAGUACGCUAUGCCGUCGCCCCACUACGGCUGAUAGUAUCGGACAGCGACGCUUCACUGAUGCAUUUAAAAUGUCACAUAAACUCAGUCGUUCAAACACAGCCUCAGUAAUGACGAUUAGCAUUCUUUUAGGUAGGAAUCGGUUGUCUAAAUGACUUUAUUAUUAUUAGAUCAUCAGUCGCAAUACCAUGCAUGGGUAGUCUGUGUCCAUCCUAAGCACGUCAUUGACGACUCAUACACAGCACGACGUUGUAGACCAUUAAACUCCCUAAACGGUCAUUUCGAUAGGUCAUUAAGGGUCUCAGGUCGGUUCAGUGCUCUCCAGCCCCGCCAAACGUACGUCUGAAUUUCCAAAGAUUCAUUUUGUAACCCGAAAAGUAUCCUUCAAAAUUAUUUUAUUACAGGUGCAUUAAAGUGUCUGUAUAUAAUAAAAUAAUUUUCGUGGAUAUACGUAUGGCUAAGGAUGGUCCGCUGUUAUUAAAGAACGGUAUCGUCAGGAGGUUCAGAGUGGAAAAACUAUCGGUAUAUAAGGCCCUAAGGAGUAGUUUAGUUUACUAUUCUAAACUUACUGUCUACAAGUGCGGACUGUGCACAGUGUCUAGUGUGUUGUGCAGCUAUCUGAGUCACAGAGAACUUCUUCAGUGUACAAAAUGGAUUUCAAGACGGAGUCUUUGUUCAAAAUCUUCAAGGAUGCCCUGGACGUGGCAUUCCUCCACGCUAGAGGUGACAGCGGGUGUAUUCAAGAAAUACGCAGGAUUCGGGAUGAACUUCACGAAGUGAAGCUCUAUAUGAGAGCCUAUCAACCUCGUGGCGGAGAACGGACCAACCGCACCCUGACCACGGCGCUGAAGGAUGCUGUCAGGGAUGUGAGAAGGUUGUUCCGGGAAUUUAUCCAGACGCAAAGCACGGUGUGUUUCGGUGUCUUACAUAGACACAGGGUGUUUAAAGAGGAUUCAGACUCUUUAGAAACCGUGUCUAUAGUGCUUAGAGCACGAGGAACCGAAAACGCACCUGAAGUAAGAGCCUUGAUGGGUCAUUUACUUCGACUGAGAGAGGGUAAAUAUUUAUUAUUAAAAUUCGUAAUGUAUUAGUUAAAACCGCGGCUUUAAUAUUAUUACUUAUUUUAGGUUUACAACGCGAGAAUGAUGCUCUCGACGCUCUGAAUGCAGAGCUACCUGGAGACGUGUCAUUCGGUUUAAAUGACGAGGACCAUCGGGACGCCGAAUUGAUGGUUUUGGAAGAGUUUGACGACGCAAGUUCUAAUCAUCAUCAUCGUCGAGAAGAACGUAUGAAUAGCAUAGGUGAUUAUAGUGACUCUACUGAGGGCGGCUCAAUUCUAGGCAGUGGCUGGACCAGUGAUUUGAGGGGCUGCUUCAAUGAGUACGAAAAAAUACGCACAGUGGAGAACCUGGAUGAAGAGUCUAUGGAGAUUCCGGACGCGUUAUUGGAAGAAGCAGCCAUAGCAGCUGAGGAAAAUUUUUCACUAACUGAAAGAACCGCAGCAGAUCACCCUGAGGUGGCCUCAGCGGAGCUCCAGGAGGCCGCAGCAGCGGAAUCUAAUGAAGUCGCAGCAGCUGAGGUUCAAGAGGUAGCAGCAGAGCUUCAAGAGGCCGCAGCAGCGGGGGUUUCCGCACCAACAGCUGCAGACUUUCCAGGAGCACCCGAACCAGCCGCCCCGGAAAAUACUUUAAAUUCAGAGAGCACUGCUACUUGUAACGUACCGACGUGUCAUUAUUUCCCUACAUUCAAGCAGAGUUUGGAGGGUAUAGCCUGGAGACAGGCUAUAGUUUAUUUACUUAGGUUAAAGUUGGAGAAAAAUAAUUAUUAUAAAAAAUAUUUAGAUGAAUUAAGUGUAUUUGCGAAGGUCUGCAAUGUAAAGUUUAGUGCCCAAGUCAAAUAUCAAAGCAAGUGUGAGUGGUGUAUGAUAUGUAAUAGUAAAUUUUGCGAUGCCGAUGAUUGUCCUCGAAGAGUUACAAUAGUAGACUAUGAAUAUUUUGUACUUACUCAAACAACGCCAAAGUCACCGAUUUAUUACGAUGGAUCAUUUACUGUGAUGUACUAUCUAUUCAAUUUACUAUAGAUAACAAAUAUGAUAUUGGAGUAUGUACAGAUAACCAUAGAUGUCCUAUACACGUUAAUAGUGAUAAGUAUUUUUAUAAUCAUCGAAAAGGAGACCCAAAACUUAGUUUAGAUUAUUAUUUUUAAUGUUUAAUAAAAUUGAAUAAAGUUUAAAGAGUUAGCACUUUAUUUUUGUCUUAAUGUAUUUGUUUUAUUCUUAUUACCAGUACCUAAAAAAAUUAACCUGGAGGAAAAAUUCUGCAUAAACUGUAGCGUAUCUAACUGUCGCUUCUUUCCUGAGUAUAAACAAUCACUGGAAGGGCUAGCAUGGCAUCGUAUAGUACAUACACUUUUACUAAUGAAAAAAGAGAAUAAAGAAAAAUACGUUGAUAUGUUAAAAAACUUGAAAUACUUUUCACAAUUUACUAAAAUUUUGUUUUCAUUUCAAUGUCGGUACAUAAUACACAACUGUAGUUUCAUGGUGGACGAUGAAAUUCUUGAUAAACGUUAUUGUAUUUUUUCAUUCAAAAAUAGACAUAUUAGUCAUUUAUUAAAAAUGAUCGAGAUAUAUGAUGUAACGUCAAUCGACUUUAUGGUUUCCAACGUUGAAAAAAUAUAUGGUUUUACAGAUAAUCCCUACUGUCCAAUACACGUAACAAAAAAAAAAAUAUAUGUAUAGAACUUAUGAUGAUUUAUCAUAUGAAAAAAUAAUAAUGCCUUUUUUCGAAGAAACAUCGUUAUUAAAAUGUAAAAUUUUGUGUAUUUGCUAAAUUUAAUAAAUAAUAAUUUUAAAUAAUUCUAAUGUGUAAAUUAUUUCUAAAUUCAAUAGCUUACCUUAUGAAUUACAUUAUUAAUAUUACAUACGCUAACAAGCUUAUAAAGUGAAAGAAGCUAAACGAUAGUGGUCAUUGCUAGAGUAGCGGCCUCGGAGUGAACUUGUAUAUUACCUAAAUAAUAGCUUGUCGUGUCCCCGGAGCGCGUGCGUGACCUGCUCGACAAAUAAGCUUUUUCUGAAAAAUAAAAAUGAGUCUACCAUGGAAACACCCUUGGACCUCUAUGAUAUGUGGCCCGACAGGCUGCGGAAAGACGCACUUUGUUAAACGAUUUUUUCGGAAUAUAGAUGUCAUGUCAGACACACCUUUUGCCCGUAAAAUGCUUUACUAUUCAGAAUGGCAAGACGGUUACUUAGAAUACGGUAAGGACGUCGAAUUUCAUGAAGGCCUUCCAUAGGAUGAGAAUUUUGUGUCGGAUUCUAGACCGAAAUUAAUAGUUAUCGAUGACCUUAUGCGCGAAUCUUCCAACAAUACGAUUUGUGAUCUUUUUACAAAAGGUUCUCAUCAUCGAAAUUUAUCAUCUAUUUUAAUCUCACAGAAUUUAUUUCAUCAAGGACCGAAACAAAGAGAUAUUUCGUUAAAUGCUAACUAUAUUGUUAUUUUUAAAAAUCCACGAGAUCGUGCUCAAAUCCAGCAUAUGGCGCGUCAAGUUUAUCCUGAAAAUUCGAAAUUCUUACAAGAAGCUUAUUUCGAUGCCACGUCGGUUCCUCGCGGUUAUUUACUGUUAGAUUUAAAACAAAGUACUCCUGAAUCAUGUAGAGUGCGCACAUGCAUUUUUCCUGAUGACAAGCAUCAAUAUGUCUAUGUUCCACGUAAUAUAAAAAGAAACGCAGGUGAGACUGAUUUACCAGUCCUGCGUAUAUAAUGGCACCGUCAACAUCUAGAACGUCACUCGAUGCUAAAACAGCGAGGAUAUUACAUGCUCUGUAUCACUUAAACAAGGAGCAGCGAAAAGCUGUACUGAAAAAAGCAAACCGGAAUCUAAUAAAAGGUAUCUGCGAAUGUGCUUUAAACACAUUGAAAGGUAACGUACCUUUAAACGCAGUACAAAAAGUCAAACUCAAAAAACAUAAAUCAAUCUUACGUCGUUUAUCAGACAAAAAAAUCGAAAGGCUGGAAAAAUAAAAAACGUUUGAUUGUUCAAAAAGGUGACGGGUUUAUAGGUGCGUUACUAGCAUCUGUUAUAGGUACAAUUAUUUCGGCAUUAAUACCAAGUAGGCAGUAAAAAUGCAACACGCCCGUAAGAUGGUACUAGUACCUCAUGACAGUAUAACUAAGUUACAACGACAGCAGCAGCAGCCCCUGAAUAAUGACAUGUUACUAAGCAAAAACGAGGUCGUAAAGGUCUCAAAUAGUGUACAAACCCCUGGAAACCAUUUAUCACGACUAGAUUUUGAAAUGAAUGAAAUUUUAAAUUCUUCUGAAAAAGACGAGAGAGAAAAGUGACAAAAAUACAAACAGGUGUUACAAAGAUAUUUAUUUUAUGUAGAAGAUCUAAAGAAGAAUAUUAAAAUUUCAAACACGCCAUGUGUUAAAAUAGAAGAGCAGGAGUAUGGCAUUGACAUGGCAACCAUUGCUAUGUCAGUACCAGUAAGCUAUAGACAUAAAACGGAGUUAAUGCUACAAUUUUUAAAAAACUAAAUAACUCAUCAAGAUUAACCUGGAAUGAUCGCGGGACAGUAACGAUAG